AUGGAGACGACGACUUCCUUGGGCAUGAACACCAGCAGAACGUGGGGUGAGACAGCAUGGGCAGGUGGCGAGUGCCUGCCUUCAGUGGGUAGCGCCACCUUCCUGGUGGCGGCUUACAGCGCCUUGCUUGCCAUGAGCCUGGUAGGCAAUGCCUGCCUAGUGUUGGUGAUUGCCCAUCAACGGGAGCACCACAAUGUCACCGUCAUCCUCAUCGCCAACCUGUGCUGCUCUGACAUCCUCAUUAGUGUGGUGUGCCUGCCUGUGACAGUGGUCUACACGCUAAUGGACCGCUGGGUGCUGGGCGAGGCGCUGUGCAAGGCCACACCCUUCAUCCAGUGCACUUCUGUCACUGUCUCUGCCUUCUCUCUGGUGCUCAUCGCACUGGAACGCCACCAGCUCAUCAUUCAUCCCAAAGGCUGGAUGCCUGUAGCUGGCCACACUUACCUGGCAGUAGCCAUCAUCUGGACAGUGGCUGGUCUCCUCUCACUGCCUUUCGUGUUAUUCCACGUCCUCACUGAUGCCCCGUUCCGCAACGUAAGCUUGUCCCUCGGCGGCCCUGGGGACCAUCUGGUGUGCAUGGAAAACUGGCCGUCGGAGCAGGAACGGUUAACCUACACCACCUCGCUGCUGCUCGUGCAGUACUGUGUGCCACUGCUGCUCAUCCUGCUCUGCUACCUGCACAUCUACUUGCGGCUGCGUCGCCGGAAAGCUGGAGGCGGGCCGGGCCGGGGCAGCGACCGGGCACGGCGCAUUAACGUCAUGCUGGUCUGCAUCGUGGUGGCGUUUGCCCUCUGUUGGCUCCCACUUCAUGUCUUCAACACCCUAUUUGACUGGAAUGACCAGGCCUUGCGGUCCUGCCAGCACGAUGCCGUCUUCUCCGCCUGUCACCUGCUGGCCAUGGCCUCCACCUGUGUCAACCCCAUCAUCUAUGGCUUCCUCAAUAGCAACUUUAAGAAGGAGCUGGGAGCCAUCCUGCGCCACUAUCGCCGGGGCGGCCAGCAAGUCCUGGGCCGCCGCCGUUGGGGGCCACCGGAGAGCUAUGAGAGCUUCCCACUUUCCACCCUGUCUACCGACGUUGCUAAGCCGGUGGAAGCAGGCUGUGGUUCCCCCCGCGUCCAGGUUGCUGGAAUGGCUCUCUGCAGCUAA